AAAAAAGAAGAAAGAAAAAAGAAACCCUACAUUCUGCGCCCCUUAUCUUGCUUCUCCCUCCCGUUGCCGCCGCCACACAGUUACCAGCACCGGUUUGUUUUUCCCUCUUCGCUGCAGUCGCACGCUGUCGCCCUCCAUCGGUAACGUCUGUUUCUUCCUUCUCUCCUUAUCUCCCUCUCUGCCCCAACCUCACCGGCACGACUGCUCAGUCUUCUUCUUCUCGUCGCCGACUGCCCACUGAAUUUUCUGCUCGUCGCUAAGGUCAUGGCAGAAUCAAACUCGCCUGGUUCGUUUCAAUCUCCUCCUGCUCCCCCACAUCCUAUGGUUAUUGAUGGGGCGAAUCAUGAUCUAGCUCUAGCCUCUUGUGAAUUUUUUACUCGUCGAGAAGUACUCGAGCGUCGGUCCCGGAGAGUGAAACAACUUUGUCGAGUAUAUAGGGAACUGUACUGGGCUUUAAUGGAGGAACUCAAGCGCAAGUACAGGGAGUAUUAUUGGACAUAUGGCAAGAGUCCAUUUAAGGAGGACGAGAAGGAGGCUGAGGGCAUUGGUGAUUAUCCAGAGGGUAUUGGGGAGAACGGAAAGCUAGGAUUAGGUUCUGUGACCGGGAGUGAUGAGAUUAGAAGGUGUGAUGUCACAGGUUGCAAGGCAAAGGCGAUGGCAUUGACAAAAUACUGUCAUGCUCAUAUCCUCUCGGAUAAAAAGCAGAGGCUCUACAAGGGUUGCACCUUUGUAAUCAAGAGUAUGCAGUCCGGACCGCUUCUAUGUUCAAAGCCUGUUUUAAGAUCUACUGUUCCUUGCUACUGCCCUGGUCAUCUACAAAAAGGCGAAAAGUGUUUAGCUAGAGAUUUAAGAAAGGCAGGUCUUAACGUCUCGUCGACUAGUAAACUUCGUCCUGAUUUCCAUGUAUUAGUAGCUGAAUGCGUUCGCCAAAUACAAGUCAAAAGAAGGGCGGCGAGAAAGGCCACUGCUGUUAAAAUUGAAAGCAACUGAGAAGGUGAAGACUAGUUGUUAGGCCCCUCAGUUUGAAUAAGAACAUGUUGCAGUUGGUACAUGUGUAUUCAAUCCAACCCGAAACCCCCAAUGGAAGAAUUGUUGAUAAAACCAAUUUUCGUGUACGAUCCAAUCCCUUGUUCCUUCCUCUCCCUUGCUGCACAUUUGUUGUGUAAUAUUCGAUCAAAAGGUCGAUGCAAUGUGCAGAUGAUUAGCAGAUUGCAGGGAUGUACAUUCCUUCUCGUGUUUUAUGAAAGGACCGAUUUAGUGUCA